UAAACAAAGUUUGAUCCCAUAUUAUCAGUUCUCACUUCUCACCAAUUCUCACUUUUCAACGAGAUGAGCGAGAGCAAUCGAGCAUGAGGAAGCGCGAGUGCUCAGCAGUCAGCAGCAGUCAGCAGUGUACAGGCCCUAAUAAUAUUCUUGACGUUAAUCAUCUUGCGAAUACAACAAAUAUAAAUGGUUAUGAAUUGUAUUCGCGAAUGGAUCGCGUAAUUUUUCAACGUAUUGCUUGAACCUUAGUCAUAUCAGUUGGUCAAAAUCAUUAAAUAAACAAUACAACAACAAAAUAAGAAAAUAGAAAAACUAAAUUCUAAUUAAACAUGAUACGAGAAGACAAUACGUUAUGGACCACUAUUGGGGAACGUAUAUUAAUAAAUGUGGUUUCAUAUCCUAUCGAAUACGCUAAAGUUUUAAUACAGAUCGGACAUGAACCGAUUCCACCACGACCGACAACUAAUUUAUUUAGACGGCCGGCUUUAGCUUUGCCCAACGUUUUUCAGUACGUUAAAUACAUAAAAAACGUAGAUGGAUAUUCUGGGUGCUACCGUGGUUUGAUACCAAAGUUAUGUGCCCAUACCAUAUGUGUCUUAGUUUCCGAUGAAACGUCUUACAAACUUACGUGUAUGUAUGAGUCUAACAAAGAAAACGAAGAAAAUUAUAUGAAAAAAAAUUCCGAAGAUGAAGGAGAAGACGGUCAAAAGCACAGAAGUUACAUAUUUGAAUUCAUAAGAGAUCUGAUUAGUAAAACGACUGCAAUUAUAGUCAGCCAUCCAUUGAAUGUUAUCGCAUUGAGAAUGAUAGCUCAAUUUGUCGGCAAGGAAACAAAAUACAAUGGACUAUUCACAUCAUUUGUGGAAGUGUAUAGAGAGAAUGGAAUCAUGGGAUAUUAUGCAGGAUUAGUACCCCGCCUUAUCGGAAACGCUAUCGUAUUAGUAAUAGUUAGUUCUUCUACUUAUGCCGUCGAUAAAUAUUUAUCGACUGUCACAACUGAACAUGACAUCAAACCAAUUAUUUGCUCCACUAUAAACUUUAUAGCAACAACAAUUACGUAUCCAUUUUUGGUAGUAUCGCAUUGUAUGGCUGUUAAUGACUGUGGAUUAGUUGCUGGUCUUCCUCCGCACAUGCCAAUUUGGAAUAGCUGGCUGGAAUGUUGGGCUCAUCUUUCAGCUGCCAAUCAGUUAAAGAGGGGAAACAGUCUUUUAUGGCGAUAUUAUACAGGACCUUCAGUAAUAAUAAAUGGCAUAAUGACACCUCUUUACAAAUAAUUUACAUCUAUGCAGUGUGUCACAGUAAUAAUAUUGCAUUAAUUUGUAUUUGAGAGACCAACAGUAAAAUCAAUUCCGUGAAACUUAUAUUCUGUCUGAUAAAUUUACCGAUAUAGCAUACAAUUGCAUUUAUAUAUUUCUUAAAAUUGAUUUUAAUUAUUGCUGUGCACUAAGUAUCUAUUAUAAACUAUUUUCUGUAGUUCUAUACUGAAAAAUGCAUUUUGUAUGGAGAA